CUAGGGCGGGGGCGGUGCAGGAACCCGGCGCUGACAGCCCAGCUCCCCAACUCCGCCCUCGGCCCCGCGGGAUCCCGGAGCCCGAGCCGGCCUGGGGCCGAGGCCGCCCGCGCCGCGCCGCGAGCGAACAUGGCAGCAGAAUGAGGAGGCUGGGGCCGGGUCCUGGCUACCGCCUUCGCCUCUGCGCUGCCGCUCGAGUUCCGCGCCCGGCGACCUACGACCCGCAGGCUUAGCCGCCCUCCUGGCGGCCGCCGGCUUAUUUCACUCGGAGCGCGGGGCGCGGAGGAAGGGGACCCCGCAGCCGAGCCUGCCGGUGCUCGGGCAGGGUGGAGAGGCUUGUGCGUGCGACUCGCCGGCUGCGGACACCACGCGGGAGAGAGAGGGUCCCUGGCUGCCGCGGCGCGGGCGCGGGCAUGAGCGCGCCAUGGGGCGGCUUCGGCGGGGCGCACGGAGCGGGCCGCCGCUGCGGCGAGGGUGCCGCCUGAGCCGGGGCUCAGCGGGGUUUGGGGGCCUCGGGCGCCCUGGGGAGGUUCCUGCCGCCGCCUCAGGGGAGGACAGGAGCCCCGUGUGGCGGGCACUGCAGCAGCUACAGUACUGAGGCGCCCCGAGCAGGCGCCGCCUGCAGCUCGGUGCGCCCGCGGCACCCGGGCGCCUUGCCCGGUGCACCCCCGCUGGCGCACCGCGGCGAGCCUAGGGCAGGACUGGCUAGAGGGGUGUGCGUGCGCUUGUCGGACGGGAGAGCCGAGCUCGAGCAGAACCAGGCGGACCUGAGCAGCCAUGCUUCCCGGGGUGGGCGUGUUCGGCACGAGCCUCACGGCCCGUGUCAUCAUCCCGCUGCUGAAGGACGAGGGCUUCGCGGUGAAGGCACUGUGGGGCCGCACGCAGGAAGAAGCGGAGGAGCUGGCCAAGGAGAUGAGCGUCCCCUUCUACACCAGCCGCAUCGAUGAGGUGCUGCUGCAUCAGGACGUGGACUUGGUGUGCAUCAACCUGCCGCCGCCGCUCACCAGGCAGAUCGCGGUCAAAACCCUGGGCAUCGGCAAGAACGUCAUCUGCGACCGCACCGCCACGCCGCUGGACGCCUUCCGCAUGAUGUCGGCUGCCCACUACUACCCCAAGCUCAUGAGCAUCAUGGGUAACGUGCUGCGCUUCCUGCCGGCCUUCGUGCGCAUGAAACAGCUCAUCGAGGAGGGCUACGUGGGCGACCUGCUGGUGUGCGAGGUGCAGGUGCACAGCGGCAGCCUGCUGGGCAAGAAGUACAACUGGAGCUGCGACGACCUGAUGGGCGGCGGCGGCCUGCACUCGGUGGGCACCUACAUCAUCGACCUGCUCACCUUCCUCACCGGCCAGAAGGCCGUCAAGGUCCAUGGGCUGCUCAAGACCUUCGUGAAGCAGACCGACCACAUCAAGGGCAUCCGCCAGAUCACCAGUGAUGACUUCUGCACCUUCCAGAUGGUGCUGGAGGGCGGGGUGUGCUGCGCCGUCACGCUCAACUUCAACGUGCCGGGUGAGUUCAAGCAGGACGUGACGGUGGUGGGCUCAGCUGGGCGCCUGCUGGCAGUGGGCACCGACCUGUACGGGCAGCGCAACAGUGCCCCGGAGCAGGAGCUGCUGCUGCAGGAUGCCACGCCCAUUAGCAACUCGCUGCUGCCCGAGAAGGCCUUCAGCGACAUCCCCUCGCCCUACCUGCGUGGCACCAUCAAGAUGAUGCAGGCCGUGCGCCAGGCCUUCCAGGACCAGGACGACCGGCGCACGUGGGACGGGCGGCCACUCACCAUGGCCGCCACCUUUGAUGACUGCCUGUACGCCCUGUGCGUGGUGGACACCAUCAAGAGGUCCAGCCAGACGGGCGAGUGGCAGAGCAUUGCCAUUAUGACAGAGGAGCCUGAGCUGAGCCCUGCCUACCUGAUCAGUGAGGCCAUGCGCCGGAGCCGGAUGUCCCUGUACUGUUAGUGGGGACCAGGGACCCAGGGGCACUGGGGUCUUCUGCUUGGGGCCCAGGGCUGGGGAAAGGCAUGGGGCAGAGUUGGUCUCUGGGAGUGUGGGGGCAGGGAGGCGGAAGGGCAGUGAGUCAAUGGCAUGUGGAAGGUGAACCUCAGCUCAAAGGAGGGGCCCCAAGUGAGAGCAUUGGCAGGCUGAGCUAGUAGCCUGGGAAUGUUCAGACGGCCUGCCAUUCCUGAAUCAUCCGGGCUGGGCAUCUGCGUGACAGGGAGAAGGUCCAGCUGCCUUUCCUGCCCUUCACUAUGAGAAGCAAGGAGAGCUUGGUUGCUUUCCUUCCCUCCUCCCCUCUUCUCCCUCCCCACCAUGGCCUCCUCUGCAAGCCAGAUGCUCCUGCCAGGCCAAGGCGCUGCAUCUGAUGGCAAGCCCGGUUGGUGCCGGCUUCCCACCAGGCAGAAGGCAGACCUUCACGUGUCCACAAGAGCCUGUUGUCUCGGCAGAGGGGCGGGUGCAGCAGGCUAACGAGUAGGUUCAAAUUCCAGGAAGUCACUGGAAGAAGUCCUUGGUAGCAAAGCCUACAGCUUUCUUGGUUGAUUGGUCUUCCUAAUUGGUUAUUGCCCAUCUCCUGGGCUGCAGUAGGGUAAGAGGGUGCCAGGAAUAGCAAGCUGAGAGAAGCCUUCUGCAGCCACAGUGAGAGCGCACGAGCCCACACUGCACUGAAACAGUGGGGGGGGCUAAGAAUAAAAUAUCCCUGAAUUAAUCAACAGUUACAAAACCGCAAGGAGCCCCCAUAUAACACAGUUUCCGGUGGACUGUGGAAUUGAGUGCAAAAGGGACUUGCUACAGGAGUGUGAGUUUGUCCUUUCGUGUGACGCCCUGGGCAGGGCCCAGGGGACAGGAGAGGGGUGGGCUUGCUGCCUGCCGUGCUGCAGAGGGAAUUCCCAGUGGAAAGGAAGGUGAGCCAGCCCUGCACCUGCUUUGGACUCCCAACACCCAUUCCUCCUACCCAGCUGGGGAAGGGCUUUUAGGAGAUUCACUGAGUUUUGCAAAUUUAAAAGGGAAGCCUUCAUUUCCACUCACAUAUUAUCCUUUUCCUUUAAAAAAAAAAAGUCAAGGCUCUUUUCCUCAGCUUUGACCUUUGCUUUCACAAUUUUGACACCUGAAGAUUUUUGGAUAGGUUUUAAACAAAAGGGCAACAAGGAACAUAAUUCGCAGCGUUUCUAAAAUGGGGUUUUAGAGCCCUCUGAGGUGUAUCUUUAUGUAGGGCCGAGAAGGCUAACAUCGGAAAAAGCAUCAUCUCCCUCUGCCAGGCCGUCUCCGUGCCCCUCGCCUCGCUGCCCUCUGCUUGCAGACACUCACUGCGGAUGGAGGCCUGCCGGCUGGCAGCAAACAACACCAGGAGGGGAAAUCAGAGGCGCACAAAACACACAGAGGGUCUGCAGAGGACACCUGCCUGCCUCCAAGUGCCCCUGGACCACUCGUAAAAGUUGAGACCUGGUCUUGAAAGAGCAAGUCAAGUACAUUCUGAAAUUGGGGGAUUUUAAAUACAUCCUGAAAAUGGGGAAUUAUUUUGUUACCUUUUUUUAAUCCUUCAUGCCCCAGAAGACCUUUGUCAAGGUUGAUUGUGGAGACAAUAUUCCUUGUAAAUCUACGUAGCUUUUGUUCACAGGUCAUAGAAAUCCAGCAGUUGUCUUUGGCACCCUACUGAGGGUUUGGACUUCCCUUCAAAUAACCGGCAGGUGAAUGAGAAGGGAAUGGAAGGGGCGGAGAGUCCACCCCAGGCUCCGGGUGGGCAGCGUCGGAAGGCGCAGAGCGCGCCGCCGGCACCCUCCCCUCCCUUCCCAAGGCCAGUGUUCAGUGACGGUGUGGGUGUGGCCCGACACCGCCAGGCCGGCCGGCCUCCUGGAAAGAAUGCCGCCCUUGGCCCUGACCGCAACCCCGGAAGGCCGGGCAGCCGAAACUCCCCGAGGUACGUUUCCGCCCUGAUCUGUCGACAGACUUCACGAUGGGCGCGCCACCUGUUGUAGCUACCAGUUCAAACCUAGAGAUCUGAUAGCAGGGGAGCCCUCCAGGAAGAGCGGGAGCAGCGGCCCUGCCUGCCGUGGAUUGUUUUGGUUCAGGUUCUCCUAAACCGCCCUUGAGAUAAAUAGCUUUUGUGGAAAUCGAGAGGAAAGAAUUUUUUUUUUUCUAGCUGGCCUGAAAGGCUGUGUUGAAGGAUAAGGGAAAGGAAACUAGAUGACUCUAUGGGUCUCAUUUUUCUAAGUUGUUUAUAGUAUUCCUGGGGUUUCCGUUUUAUGUUUUGGUGCUCAACUCAAGUACUUGGGAGGUUUUGUCCCCCAGAGGCCUCUGAGCUUUGUGACAAAUAUUCAGUGUCUAAAACAGAAAUUCUCCUUUGAGGCUGUGGUAUAGCGGAAGAAUAUACAUUCUUUUAAAGAAGCAUGAAAAAUAUUUUAAUGACUGUACUCAAAUGUUAUCUGUUGAGAUGCAUGUAGUAGGUAGAUGCAGGAACACGAGGAAGAAAAGACCUAAGAGUUCAUUUUUAAAAUAUAGAAAUGGCAGUAAAGGGGUUUAAGAUACUUCUUCAGUUCUCUUUUUGCCUCCGUCCUACCACUUGCAAGGACUUGACUGGGAGUGCAGUGGGGAGCUGAGAUCUCAAGCUUUCAACAAAUAUUGCCGAAGCCAAGUCCAUCACCUAACAGUGCCCCAGGGGUCCAGGCACGCUCAGCUGACUGCCCUAGGAUGCAGUCCCAGCAGGGAGCCAGCCCCUUCGGCUUUGUUGAAUGGGUCUCAAGUACCCAGUGAAAUGGCAGUGCCACUUUAGAAUGGUUGCAUUCAAUCCCCCUUGACUUGUUCCCGUUAUUGGGUGGAUUUUCCCAUUGCAACAAUGCCUCUGGCACUGGAAGUUUUGGCCCGUGGUGCUGGUUGCCUCUAUUGAUGUCCCAAAUUCCGAAUUUUGAGAGACAGUGUAGGUCAGGGGUUUGUACCUGAUACCCACAAGUGUUUAGGAAUGCUCUGGGUUUAUGUGAAAAGUCUGGAUUCUGAGUUUUCUUCUGGAGAGAGAGUCCGUGACCACUGUCAGCUUCUCUGUGACUUCUCCCCAUAACGGAGAGGAGUUGCAGGGCACCAGACACUCCUCAGCCUGCCUGGCAGCAAAUGCCUGUGCGCCAGGUGUAUCUGGACCCCUCGAGGAGCAGUCUUGGCCCACUCUCCCAGACUCUUUCUCCGUCUGCAGAGAGCCAUGCAGGUACACCGUGUACUCCAACAUUUUUGAUUAGCCACUCUGUACAGGGUAUUUUAAAUGCAUUAUUUCAUGUAAUCCACAGAACCACUCUGGGAUAUUGGGCAUUGUUAUGCCCAUUAUAUACCUGCAAAAAUCGAGGCUCUGGGAGGAAUAGUAACUUGCCCAACAUUGCACAGCUCUUAAGCAGAAGUGGAGUCACCUAAAUUCAGAACCAGUCUUCUCCUCCAAACCAUGCUGUCUCCCAAGAUUUGUGCCUCCACAGGUCCCUUCAGGAAGGAAAUCACUGCUUGUUGAGCGCUGCUGGGGGCUGGUGUCACCCCCUGUGGAGCAGCUGGGACUAGAGCUGGAUGUGACCUGCCCAGGGCUCCGCCACACUGCUGCUGUCUUCACCCUCCUGUUGAACAGGAGCCACAUUUGAUGUUCUGCCAAAAGGUUCAUUUCAGAGCUGCAAAAUAGAAGUAGUCGAUUUUUCUUCUCCUUCUAGAAUGGAAAGAUCACUCAGCUUCUUUUAAAAUCGACUUCCUAAGUUGAUUUUGAUUGGAGGUGAUGCAGCAAACCGCAGAGAGGGGGAUUUUCAAAACGUCCUUAGCCGGCUCUUAGAGGUGGGCUUGGAUUAUGAGGGCAGCAGUCUGAGUAUAAAGGGAAAAUGGCUUUUUCUCAGGGAGUGGGGUUGUACAGUUUAUUGGUGACUCAGGUUGUAGCUGUGCUUUGCAUUCACACUCUGCACUCUCUUAACUCUCGUCUUGUUUUACAGCUACAGCUGUUGAAUUUGACCUGCAGUCAUAAAUUAGGUUCCCAAUGGGAUCGCUUUUUUUCUGGUGGGUAUGGGGGGGAAAUUGAGCAUGGUAAUGAUUUCAUCGGGAGAAAGUAAAUCCAGCAGCAUCUGAAGGGAUUUCAGAACCCGGGAUACUUGCUUCCUCUCUUUUACAUCCCAGAGGGUGAAGUGGCGACCAAGAUCACACUGCUUCUACUGGUAGGUCGGGACUAGAAGCCCACGGUUCUGACUCUGAGGCCCUGGCUGCAUCACCCAGCACCUCACACCCUCAGAUGCAGACACGGGGGCUCAAGAGGUGAAAGGCCUUGUCUGAGGUCCCAUGGCUGAUAGGUAGGGGCGUUGUAAUUAGAACGCAGACCUGCAACAGCCUGCAGACUGUAUUCCACUGAAUCCAUUUUUUUAGAAAUUCAACUAUGUCCUGAAUGUACACAGAAAACUAGCUGUUUAAAAAGUCCUGUUGUGAAUAUAAUGUGAAGUUAUCUCUAAUACAGUGUUUGGCAAAGAUGGGGGCUAUAAAUCCAGAUGUCCCCCUUUGGGACUCCUUGAGGCCAGCUCCACUUACAAUGCCCCCAGCCCUCCCCCACGUACAGGUCUCGGCCUUGACUAGCUUGGAUCCUGCUCCACCCGUUGCCUCCCUUUCUGGCCACCAAAGCCCUGAAGGGCAGAGGCUGUGAUAUUGGGGAGCUCAUUAAAAAGAAGUUACUAUCAUAGCCCCACAUUUGGGUUCCCUUUGGGGGACAGGGAUAAAGGCAAUGGAAGAAAAGCUGUGUGCGUGUGACUGGAGUGCCCCCAGCGGCCUGCGUGCCCCACUCAGCUGGCCCCGCCCCAGGUGGAGAAGCGGGCGGAUGGGGCGCUCUCCAGGUUUCAGGGUGCAGCCCUGAGUUGGGCUCCCAGGCCGCCUCACCACAGGGAAGCCCUCCUGAGCUGUGUCAGGAGAUAAUGCGCUCAGUGGUCUUGUUGGAGUGGGGUGGAGGGGGUGAAGCCACAGCUGUAUCUGGGUCACCACUGUAGUCAGCAAGGGAAGACAGUGGCCUACUGACCUCUUUCUGCCCCUUGUCACCGUCCCUAUUUGCUGGGGCCCUUGAGAGGGCCACCAAGGUGACCGGCAUUCAGGCUGCUAAAGUGUUGCACUACUGAAUAGUCUUGAAUCUGUUGCACCCAUGUCUGUUUACACCAGCAGUGAGUACAGUGACAGCAAGACCAUGUCCUAUGCAAUGGCUCUGUGCUUUAUGUUGCAUCAAAGCUUGCCUGGGUGGGUGUGGGCGGCCUACAGCAUAACCGUGGUGUCAUCUGUCUGUCUCUCUCCUUCCCUGCCCAGGUCUCUGCCAUCCCAUGUCGCCAUCACAAGGGCUAAGUUGUUGAAAGAGCCCCUUGGUUUCUUUUAAAUGUGAUGACUUACCUGUGAUUCUAGUCUAAUCCAAGGUUAAGAAACAAAACAAAAGCAAGUGACCUGACCUGCUCCUUCGCUUCCCUCCUCCUCUUUCAGGCAUCCAAACAUGUAUAGUAUUUUGCUCUGUGCCUUGCCCAGGGGAGGGAAAAGUUUCUAGCAAUUACAGCUUUCUGUUUGCUGCCUGGUGCUUUGUGUACUACUUUUUUUUUUUAACCAAAAUUACAUUUGAUUGGUUGUCACUGUUGAGUAUAUAUUUAUUGUUUUACAAACAUGAGUAUAUAUAUGUAUGUGUAUGUAUAAAACCAAACUUAUAUACAAAAAGUCAAGGCAUGUAUCCUAGGUAUUUUAAAGAGUUAUUUAUCAAGGGAAAAAGAUGUGUGUUAUAAAGUAAACAGAGUCUAUAUUUUAUAUAUAAUGUAGAUAGCAAAAAAAUAGCUUAUAAAUUAUAGAAGGUUAUGGUUUUCUUUUUUUAUUAUUAAAGCAAAAAAAAAAAAAAAGGACAAUGAAUGCAACUGUUUUUAGUAUUUUAAAGGCCAAACUACUGUGGGAGGUGGUCUUCGCUACCAGGCCCUCAGCCAUGCGGUGUGAGGCCCGCUGUUGCCUCUGCAGGCUCGGGGGGCAUGGCCAGCAUCACUCAGCCAGCUGGCACGUGCCGCCUCGGAGGUGGUUCCCUGCUGUCCCGCCCAGUUUGCAGGGGUGGGACAAAGGAAUGAAAGUAGCAAAUAAAGAUUGAAGAUAUACAACGUCA